AUGUCGCCUACUGUAAUUCACCUUAGAUCCGAGACUAAGCCUCUCGAGCGCCGCUCGCCUCUGUCUCCCGAGGGAGCCAAGGCCCUGCUUGACGCCGGCUACAUUGUCCGUGUCGAAAAGUGCCCCAACCGCAUCUACAAGACAGAAGAGUUUGCCGCUGCUGGUGCCGAGAUUGUCGAAACUGGCUCGUGGACCAAGGCCCCCAAGGAGGAUAUUAUCCUUGGUCUCAAGGAGCUCGAUGCUGAUGGCACUCCCCUGCCCAACACUUAUAUCCACUUCGCACACGUCUUCAAGAAGCAGACCGGCUGGGCUACCGAGCUCUCGCGCUUCUCCAACGCCGGCGGCCUGCUCUACGAUCUCGAAUUCCUUGAAGAGGGCGGCCGCCGUGUCGCCGCCUUUGGCAAGUCUGCCGGCUUCGCUGGUACUGCCCUCGCCCUUCUCUCAUGGGCCCAGCAGAUCCUGCGUCCCGGCGUGCCUCUCGGCCCUGCCCCCGUUGUCGACUCUACACAGGAGCUCAUCGAUCUGAUCAAGAAGGAGGUCAAGGAGGCCGUGGCCGCCAACAAUGGCGAGUACCCCAAGGUAAUCAUUGUCGGUGCCCUUGGCCGCUGCGGCACUGGCGCCAUUGACUGCCUCAACGCCGUGGGCAUCUCCCAGGACCUUGUUACCAAGUGGGAUAUGGCCGAGACCAGCCGCGGCGGACCCUUUGAGGAGAUUGCCAACUCGGACAUCUUUGUCAAUGCCGUCUACUUGGGCGCUAACCCCGCCCCUCCUUUCGUCACCUUCGAGUCGCUCUCUGGCCCCAACAGACGCCUCCGCGUCAUCUCCGAUGUCUCCUGCGACCCCAACAGCGAGAACAACCCCAUCCGCAUCUACUCGACUCACACCUCGUUCGAGAACCCUACCACUCUUGCCGAGGGCAAGCUUGACGGCCCUGAGCUGCGCAUCAUUGCCAUUGACCAUCUCCCUACUCUGAUUGCUCGCGAGGCUAGUGACGAGUACUCGGGUCUGCUUCUGCCCAGUCUCUUGACCUUGAACCGUCGCGACACCGAGGGUGUCUGGACCAGAGCCGAGAAGACCUAUAGAGAUAGAGUUGCCGAGCUGCCUUAA